AUGGACGUGGACGUGGACAUGGACGUGGACGUGGACGUGGACGUGGACAUGGACGUGGACGUGGACGUGGACGUGGACGUGGACUUGGACGUGGACGUGGACGUGGACGUGGACGUGGACGUGGACGUGGACGUGGACGUGGGAGUGGACGUGGACGUGGACCUGGACGUGGACGUGGACGUGGACGUGGAGGUGGACGUGGACGUGGACGUGGAGGUGGACGUGGACGUGGACGUGGACGUGGACGUGGACGUGGACGUGGACGUGGACGUGGACGUGGACGUGGACGUGGACGUGGACGUUGAACUGGACGUGGACGUGGACGUGGACAUGGACGUGGACGUGGACGUGGACGUGGACGUGGACGUGGACGUGGACGUGGACGUGGACGUGGACGUGGACGUGGACGUGGACGUGGACGUGGACGUGGACGUGGACGUGGACGUGGACGUGGACGUGGACAGGACGAUGGACAUGGACGUGGACGUGGACGUGGACGUGGACGUGGACGUGGACGUGGACGUGGACGUGGACGUGGACGUGGACGUGGACGUGGACGUGGACGUGGACGUGGACAGGAACAUGGACAUGGACGUGGACGUGGACGUGGACGUGGACGUGGACAUGGACGUGGACGUGGACAUGGACGUGGACGUGGACGUGGACAUGGACGUGGACGUGGACGUGGACGUGGACUGGGACGUGGACGUGGACGUGGACGUGGACGUGGACGUGGACGUGGACGUGGACGUGGACGUGGACGUGGACGUGGACGUGGACGUGGACGUGGACGUGGACGUGGACGUGGACGUGGACGUGGACGUGGACGUGGACGUGGACGUGGACGUGGACGUGGACGUGGACGUGGACGUGGACGUGGACGUGGACGUGGACGUGGACGUGGACCUGGACGUGGACGUGGACGUGGACGUGGACGUGGACGUGGACGUGGACGUGGACGUGGACGACGUGGACAUGGACGUGGACGUGGGGGACGUGGACGUGGACGUGGACGUGGACGUGGACGUGGACGUGGACGUGGACGUGGACGUGGACGUGGAUGUGGACGUGGACGUGGACGUGGACGUGGACGUGGACGGGACAUGGACGUGGACGUGGGACGUGGACGUGGACGUGGACGUGGACGUGGACGUGGACGUGGACGUGGACGUGACGUGGACUGGACGUGGACGUGGACCGGACGUGGACGUGGACGUGGACGUGGACGUGGACGUGGACGUGGACGUGGACGUGGACGUGGACGUGGACGUGGACGUGGACGUGGACGUGGACGUGGACGUGGACGUGGACGUGGACGUGGAGGGGACGUGGAGGAACAUGGACGUGGACGUGGACGUGGACGUGGACGUGGUCGUGGACGUGGACGUGGACGUGGACGUGGACGUGGACGUGGACGUGGACGUGGACGUGGACGUGGACGUGGACGUGGACGUGGACGUGGACGUGGACAUGGACGUGGACGUGGACGUGGACGUGGACGUGGACGUGACUGGACAUGGACUGGAACAUGGACUGGACGGGGUGGACGUGGACGUGGACGUGGACGUGGACGUGGACGUGGACGUGGACGUGGACGUGGACGUGGACGUGGACGUGGACAUGGACGUGGACGUGGACGUGGACGUGGACGUGGACGUGGACGUGGACGUGGACGUGGACGUGGACGUGGACGUGGACGUGGACGUGGACGUGGACGUGGACGUGGACGUGGACGUGGACGUGGACGUGGACGUGGAGGACGUGGACGUGGACUGGACGUGGACGUGGACGUGGACACGUGGAGUGGACGUGGACGUGGACGUGGACAUGGACGUGGACGUGGACGUGGACAUGGACGUGGACGUGGACGUGGACGUGGACAUGGACGUGGACGUGGACGUGGACGUGGACGUGGACAUGGACGUGGACGUAGACGUGGACGUGGACGUGGACAUGGACGUGGACGUGGACGUGGACGUGAACGUGGACGUGGAGAACUUGGACGUGGACAUGGACGUGAACGUGGACGUGGACUUGGACGUGGACGUGGACGUGGACGUGGACGUGGACAUGGACGUGGACGUGGACGUGGACGUGGACAUGGACAUGGACGUGGACGUGGACGUGGACAUGGACAUGGACAUGGACGUGGACGUAGACGUGGACGUGGACAUGGACAUGGACGUGGACAUGGACAUGGACAUGGACAUGGACAUGGACAUGGACGUGGACAUGGACGUGGACGUGGACGUGGACGUGGACGUGGACGUGGACGUGGACAUGGACGUGGACGUAGACCUGGACGUGGACGUGGACGUGGACGUUGACGUGGACGUGGACGUGGACGUGGACAUGGACGUGGACGUAGACGUGGACGUGGACGUGGACAUGGACGUGGACGUGGACGUCGACGUGAACGUGGACGUGGAGAACUUGGACGUGGACAUGGACGUGAACGUGGACGUGGACGUGGACGUGGACGUGGACGUGGACGUGGACGUGGACAUGGACAUGGACGUGGACGUGGACGUGGACAUGGACGUGGACGUGGACGUGGACGUGGACAUGGACGUGGACGUGGACGUGGACAUGGACGUGGACGUGGACGUGGACGUAGACGUGGACGUGGACAUGGACGUGGACGUAGACGUGGACGUGGACGUGGACAUGGACGUGGACGUGGACGUGGACGUGAACGUGGACGUGGAGAACUUGGACGUGGACAUGGACGUGAACGUGGACGUGGACGUGGACGUGGAGGACUUGGACGUGGACAUGGACGUGGACGUGGAGUGGACGUGGACGUGGACGUGGACGACGUGGACCGUGGACGUGGACGUGGACGUGGAGAACUUGGACGUGGACAUGGAUGUGAACGUGGACGUGGACGUGGACGUGGAGGACUUGGACGUGGACAUGGACGUGGACGUGGACGUGGACAUGGACGUGGACGUGGACGUGGACGUGGACGUGGACAUGGACGUGGACGUGGACGUGGACGUGGACGUGGACAUGGACCUGGACAUAGACGUGGACGUGGACGUGGACUGUGGACGAGUGGACGUGGACGUGGACGUGGACGUGGACGUGGAGAUGGACGUGGACGUGGACGUGGACGUGGACGUGGACGUGGACGUGGACCUGGACGUGGACGUGGACGUGGACGUGGACGUGGACCUGGACGUGGACAUGGACGUGGACGUGGACCUGGACGUGGACGUGGACGUGGACGUGGACGUGGAUGGACGUGGAGUGGACGUGGACGUGGACCUGGACGUGGACGUGGACGUGGACGUGGACGUGGACGUGGACGUGGAGGACGUGGACGUGGACGUGGACGUGGACGUGGAGAACUUGGACGUGGACAUGGAUGUGAACGUGGACGUGGACGUGGACGUGGAGGACUUGGACGUGGACAUGGACGUGGACGUGGACGUGGACAUGGACGUGGACGUGGACGUGGACGUGGACGUGGACAUGGACGUGGACGUGGACGUGGACGUGGACGUGGACAUGGACCUGGACAUAGACGUGGACGUGGACGUGGACGUGGACGUGGACGUGGACAUGGACGUGGACGUGGACGUGGUUGUGGACGUGGACGUGGACGUGGACAUGGACGUGGACAUGGACGUGGACAUGGACAUGGACGUGGACAUGGACGUGGACAUGGACGUGGACAUGGACGUGGACGUGGACGUGGACGUGGACGUGGACGUGGACGUGGAGAUGGACGUGGACGUGGACGUGGACGUGGACGUGGACGUGGACGUGGACCUGGACGUGGACGUGGACGUGGACGUGGACGUGGACCUGGACGUGGACAUGGACGUGGACGUGGACCUGGACGUGGACGUGGACGUGGACGUGGACGUGGAACGUGGACGUGGACUGGACCUGGACGUGGACCUGGACGUGGACCUGGAUGUGGACGUGGACGUGGACGUGGACGUGGACGUGGACGUGGACGUGGAGGUGGAGGUGGACGUGGACGUGGACAUGGACGUGGAGGUGGACGUGGACGUGGACGUGGACGUGGACGUGGAGGUGGACGUGGAGGUGGAGGUGGACGUGGACGUGGACGUGGACGUGGACGUGGACAUGGACGUGGAGGACGUGGACGUGGACGUGGACAUGGACGUGGACGUGGACGUGGACGUGGACGUGGACGUGGAGAACUUGGACGUGGACAUGGACGUGAACGUGGACGUGGACGUGGACGUGGAGGACUUGGACGUGGACAUGGACGUGGACGUGGAGUGGACGUGGACGUGGACGUGGACUGGACGUGGAGUGGACGUGGACGUGGACCUGGACGUGGACGUGGACGUGGACGUGGACGUGGACGUGGAGGACGUGGACGUGGACGUGGACGUGGACGUGGAGAACUUGGACGUGGACAUGGAUGUGAACGUGGACGUGGACGUGGAGGACUUGGACGUGGACAUGGACGUGGACGUGGACGUGGACGUGGACGUGGACAUGGACGUGGACGUGGACGUGGACGUGGACGUGGACAUGGACCUGGACAUAGACGUGGACGUGGACGUGGACGUGGACGUGGACGUGGACAUGGACGUGGACGUGGACGUGGUUGUGGACGUGGACGUGGACGUGGACAUGGACGUGGACAUGGACGUGGACAUGGACAUGGACGUGGACAUGGACGUGGACAUGGACGUGGACAUGGACGUGGACGUGGACGUGGACGUGGACGUGGACGUGGACGUGGAGAUGGACGUGGACGUGGACGUGGACGUGGACGUGGACGUGGACGUGGACCUGGACGUGGACGUGGACGUGGACGUGGACGUGGACGUGGACCUGGACGUGGACAUGGACGUGGACGUGGACCUGGACGUGGACGUGGACGUGGACGUGGACGUGGACGUGGAUGGACAUGACGUGGACGUGGACAUGGACGUGGACGUGGACAUGGACGUGGACGUGGACGUGGACAUGGACGUGGACGUGGACGUGGACGUGGACAUGGACGUGGACGUGGACGUGGACGUGGACGUGGACGUGGACGUGGACAUGGACGUGGACGUAGACGUGGACGUGGACGUGGACAUGGACGUGGACGUGGACGUGGACGUGGACGUGGACGUGGAGAACUUGGACGUGGACAUGGACGUGAACGUGGACGUGGACGUGGACGUGGAGGACUUGGACGUGGACAUGGACGUGGACGUGGAGUGGACGUGGACGUGGACGUGGACUGGACGUGGAGUGGACGUGGACGUGGACCUGGACGUGGACGUGGACGUGGACGUGGAGGACGUGGACGUGGACGUAGACAUGGACAUGGACGUGGACGUGGACGUGGACAUGGACAUGGACAUGGACAUGGACAUGGACAUGGACAUGGACGUGGACAUGGACGUGGACGUGGACGUGGACGUGGACGUGGACGUGGACGUGGACGUGGACAUGGACGUGGACGUAGACGUGGACGUGGACGUGGACAUGGACGUGGACGUGGACGUGGACGUGAACGUGGACGUGGAGAACUUGGACGUGGACAUGGACGUGAACGUGGACGUGGACGUGGACGUGGACGUGGACGUGGACGUGGACGUGGACAUGGACAUGGACGUGGACGUGGACGUGGACAUGGACGUGGACGUGGACGUGGACGUGGACAUGGACGUGGACGUGGACGUGGACAUGGACGUGGACGUGGACUUGGACGUGGACGUGGACAUGGACGUGGACGUAGACGUGGACGUGGACGUGGACAUGGACGUGGACGUGGACGUGGACGUGAACGUGGACGUGGAGAACUUGGACGUGGACAUGGACGUGAACGUGGACGUGGACGUGGACGUGGAGGACUUGGACGUGGACAUGGACGUGGACGUGGAGUGGACGUGGACGUGGACGUGGACUGGACGUGGAGUGGACGUGGACGUGGACCUGGACGUGGACGUGGACGUGGACGUGGACGUGGACGUGGACGUGGACGUGGAGGACGUGGACGUGGACGUGGACGUGGACGUGGAGAACUUGGACGUGGACAUGGAUGUGAACGUGGACGUGGACGUGGACGUGGAGGACUUGGACGUGGACAUGGACGUGGACGUGGACGUGGACAUGGACGUGGACGUGGACGUGGACGUGGACGUGGACAUGGACGUGGACGUGGACGUGGACGUGGACGUGGACAUGGACCUGGACAUAGACGUGGACGUGGACGUGGACGUGGACGUGGACGUGGACAUGGACGUGGACGUGGACGUGGUUGUGGACGUGGACGUGGACGUGGACAUGGACGUGGACAUGGACGUGGACAUGGACAUGGACGUGGACAUGGACGUGGACAUGGACGUGGACAUGGACGUGGACGUGGACGUGGACGUGGACGUGGACGUGGAGAUGGACGUGGACGUGGACGUGGACGUGGACGUGGACGUGGACCUGGACGUGGACGUGGACGUGGACGUGGACGUGGACCUGGACUUGGACAUGGACGUGGACGUGGACCUGGACGUGGACGUGGACGUGGACGUGGAACGUGGAGUGGACGUGGACGUGGACGUGGACAUGGACGUGGACGUGGACGUGGACAUGGACGUGGACGUGGACGUGGACGUGGACAUGGACGUGGACGUGGACGUGGACGUGGACGUGGACGUGGACAUGGACGUGGACGUAGACGUGGACGUGGACGUGGACAUGGACGUGGACGUGGACGUGGACGUGGACGUGGAGAACUUGGACGUGGACAUGGACGUGAACGUGGACGUGGACGUGGACGUGGAGGACUUGGACGUGGACAUGGACGUGGACGUGGAUGGACGUGGAGUGGACGUGGACGUGGACCUGGACGUGGACGUGGACGUGGACGUGGACGUGGACGUGGACGUGGAGGACGUGGACGUGGACGUGGACGUGGACGUGGAGAACUUGGACGUGGACAUGGAUGUGAACGUGGACGUGGACGUGGACGUGGAGGACUUGGACGUGGACAUGGACGUGGACGUGGACGUGGACGUGGACGUGGACAUGGACGUGGACGUGGACGUGGACGUGGACGUGGACAUGGACCUGGACAUAGACGUGGACGUGGACGUGGACGUGGACGUGGACAUGGACGUGGACGUGGACGUGGUUGUGGACGUGGACGUGGACGUGGACAUGGACGUGGACAUGGACGUGGACAUGGACAUGGACGUGGACAUGGACGUGGACAUGGACGUGGACAUGGACGUGGACGUGGACGUGGACGUGGACGUGGACGUGGACGUGGAGAUGGACGUGGACGUGGACGUGGACGUGGACGUGGACGUGGACGUGGACCUGGACGUGGACGUGGACCUGGACGUGGACGUGGACGUGGACCUGGACGUGGACAUGGACGUGGACGUGGACCUGGACGUGGACGUGGACGUGGACGUGGACGUGGAACGUGGAGUGGACAUGGACGUGGACGUGGACAUGGACGUGGACGUGGACGUGGACAUGGACGUGGACGUGGACGUGGACGUGGACAUGGACGUGGACGUGGACGUGGACGUGGACGUGGACGUGGACAUGGACGUGGACGUAGACGUGGACGUGGACGUGGACAUGGACGUGGACGUGGACGUGGACGUGGACGUGGACGUGGAGAACUUGGACGUGGACAUGGACGUGAACGUGGACGUGGACGUGGACGUGGAGGACUUGGACGUUGACAUGGACGUGGACGUGGAGUGGACGUGGACGUGGACGUGGACUGGACGUGGAGUGGACGUGGACGUGGACCUGGACGUGGACGUGGACGUGGACGUGGACGUGGACGUGGAGGACGUGGACGUGGACGUGGACGUGGACGUGGAGAACUUGGACGUGGACAUGGAUGUGAACGUGGACGUGGACGUGGACGUGGAGGACUUGGACGUGGACAUGGACGUGGACGUGGACGUGGACAUGGACGUGGACGUGGACGUGGACGUGGACGUGGACAUGGACGUGGACGUGGACGUGGACGUGGACGUGGACAUGGACCUGGACAUAGACGUGGACGUGGACGUGGACGUGGACGUGGACGUGGACAUGGACGUGGACGUGGACGUGGUUGUGGACGUGGACGUGGACGUGGACGUGGUUGUGGACGUGGACGUGGACGUGGACAUGGACGUGGACAUGGACGUGGACAUGGACAUGGACGUGGACAUGGACGUGGACAUGGACGUGGACAUGGACGUGGACGUGGACGUGGGCGUAGACGUGGACGUGGACGUGGAGAUGGACGUGGACGUGGACGUGGAGGACUUGGACGUGGAGAUGGACGUUGACGUGGACGUGGACGUGGACAUGGACGUGGACGUGGACAUGGACGUGGACGUGGACGUGGACAUGGACGUGGACAUGUACGUGGACGUCGACGUGGAAGUGGACGUGGACGUGGAGAACUUGGACGUGGACAUGGACGUGGACAUGGACGUGGACGUGGAUGUGGAUGAAGACAUGGUCGUAGAUGUGGACGUGGACGUGGACGUGGACGUGGAUAUGGACUUAGACGUGGACGUGGAGGUGGACGUGGACGUGGUCGUGGACGUGGACGUGGUCGUGGACAUGGACGUGGACGUGGACAUGGACGUGGACGUGGACGUGGACGUAGACAUGGACGUGGACCUGGACGUGGACGAGGACGUGGACAUGGACGUGGACGUGGACGUAGACAGGGACAUGGACUUGUUCCCAUACUGA